AGCUUAUUAUGUGUGCGCGCGCGCAUACAGUCAACAACGCUCGUUGGGUUCACGCGAUUCCCACAUUCUGUGAGAAAAUGUCUAGGCCUAUUCUCUCUACCCACGUGUUGGACACAUCCUCAGGCAGACCCGCUGCAGGACUCUUCGUAGAACUGUACAAGCAGAAAGAAGAAAAAUGGGCGCUAUGGCACAGCACCAUGACCAACAGCGAUGGCAGGAUACAAUUUCCCUUCUCCAAUGACUCAAUGUCGGAAGGAACUUACAAAUUAAUGUUCAAAGUUGGAGAUUAUUACAAGUGCAAUGAUAAAGAGACCUUUUAUCCCUACGUUGAGAUUGUCUUCAAGACCAAACAAGGAGAGCACUAUCACGUGCCACUGCUGCUAAGUCCCUACGGCUACAGCACAUACAGGGGAAGCUAAACAUCAACCUACUCAAAGUUGCUCAAAGUCAAGACCCAAGAUCUGAAGAACAAACCAAAUUGCAUUUUUUACUUUUAUACUAUACCUA